UGUUCUAUAUGUCCAUCCGAAUUCCAAAUUCUGAAGGUGCAAUCUCCUGCCUUCGUUCUUCUUGGGCUACAGCUACUUCACUCCCUCCGCCAUGGCUCUUCUUCCCUUCAACCUCUCUCUCGGAUGCCCUAACUCUUCACUCUUCUCUGCAACUCCCAGGCUCAUGUCUCCUCGGCUUCCACCAUUUCGUGUCUCAUGCGCUAAACGCACCGGCAAGAAGAGGUAUCCAUCGGAGAAGAAGAAGCUCAAGUUGAAACACAAAGAAGUCCUCACGACCGUCGAGAACAAGUUCGAAGGCAUUUGGAGGCUCUUCAAGCUCGGAGUUCCUGUAGAGAAGGAUCCUGGCAAGGAUUUUCAUGGACUCUCGGAUGCUCUGAUGCAAGAGAUUGCUAAAGUCCUCGAGUUUCCGGUUGCUUCGUUGCUGCCACGGGAAGCUUUCUCGGUUAUUCGUAAAUCUUUUGACGCUAGAAAGAUGUUGAAAGAACCAAAGUUUGUUUAUACUGUGGACAUGGAUGUAAAUAAUUUACUGAUUCUAGAACCUCGUGCUCGGGAUUUCAUUUCGGACUUGGAGCCUAAAGUUGGAUUGAUAGAACAUAUUGUAAAAGAAAAGGUUUCCAAUGAUGUAAUCAGUAUCGUUCAUGAUCUCAAAAGCAAUCACGAAGUGGUGGAAGAAAGCGGGCUUAACGGUCACUCUGGUCCUUUCAUGCGUUUGCCAAGUAGUAAACCAAAAAUUGCUGUUGUUGGCAGUGGGCCAUCGGGCCUUUUCGCCGCUCUUGUCCUUGCAGAGUUUGGAGCUGAUGUUACCUUGAUUGAAAGAGGUCAACCAGUUGAACAAAGAGGGCGUGAUAUUGGUGCAUUGGUAGCUCGUCGGAUUCUGGAACUGAAUAGUAAUUUUUGCUUUGGGGAGGGUGGUGCAGGUACCUGGAGUGAUGGGAAAUUGGUCACUAGAAUUGGUAGAAACAGUGGCAGCGUGCAAGCGGUUAUGAAAUCUUUAGUUCAUUUUGGGGCCCCAGAGAAUAUCUUACUUAGUGGAAAGCCUCACCUUGGAACAGACAGGUUGGUUCCAUUACUUAGGAACAUACGGCAACACUUAGAAAUGUUGGGUGCCACUGUCAAGUUCGGGACUAGGGUUGAUGAUCUAAUUCAAGAGAGCGGACAUGUGGUGGGUGUUAAAGUUUCUGAUUCAAGAGAUAAGUUAAAGCUCAACAGCCAGAAGCUUGAAUUUGAUGCCACUGUCCUAGCUGUUGGCCAUUCUGCACGGGAUGUAUAUCAAAUGCUUAUGUCUCAUAACAUUCCCGUGGUUCCCAAGGAGUUCGCCGUUGGCUUAAGGAUCGAGCAUCCUCAAGCAUUAAUAAACAGCAUACAGUAUUCUGGAUUGGCCAAUGAGGUAGAGAAAGGACGUGGGAAAGUACCGGUGGCAGAUUACAAAGUUGCCAAGUAUGUUAACAUAGACACGGAGGAUCCAUCCUCCAAUUCUGUUGCAGCAAAUCGCAGUUGCUAUUCAUUUUGUAUGUGUCCUGGUGGCCAGGUUGUCCUCACUAGUACAAACCCCGGAGAACUUUGUAUCAAUGGCAUGUCAUUCUCUCGACGUUCAUCAAAAUGGGCAAACGCUGCCCUUGUUGUCACUGUUUCAACUAAGGAUUUUAAUGAUCUCGGCUUCCACGGACCUCUUGCCGGGGUUGAAUUCCAGAGAGAGUUUGAGCGAAGGGCAGCCCUCAUGGGAGGUGGAAAUUUUGUUUUGCCUGUGCAGACAGCUACUGAUUUUAUGGACAGGAAGUUAAAAGUAACAUCCGUGCCGCCAUCAAGUUACCGGUUAGGAGUGAAGGCCUCAAAUCUCCAUGAGUUAUUCCCUGGUCAUAUAACAGAAGCUUUACAGCAAUCUAUCCUAGCAUUUGAUAAAGAGUUACCAGGUUUUCUCUCAAGUGACGCCCUUCUACAUGGAGUGGAGACGAGAACAAGUUCCCCUGUUCAAAUCCCACGCAACUCCGAGACUUAUGAAAGCACAUCUCUUAGAGGACUCUACCCGGUUGGCGAAGGAGCAGGCUAUGCGGGAGGAAUUGUAAGUGCGGCAGUCGAUGGCAUGUACGCCGGCUUCGCUGUGGCUAAGAAUUUCAAUCUUUACAAUGGUGACCUUGAGACGGUUUUGGGUAAGGCUCAAAGUUCUGGGUCCGUAAUGUACUAGAGCUAAUCCGGUUCACUUGCCAGCAAUAGAAGAGCCUGUGACUGCAAAUUGGUCAAUCUCUGCAUGCCAAUUCCCGCAAGCCCAUCUAAAUCAAUCAGGUUCUUCAUUCAACCUAACUGUAGAGGAGCAUGGAGUUCCAUUGUAGUAAUCCAAACGAGGCUCUGCAUCAUGUUGUUUGAUUUGAGGUGGAGACAUACAUCUUCUACGUUGUAAAUAUGCGACAAUUAAACGAGUUGCUCGGAUCAUGUAUUGCUGCUGUUUGAUUUUGACUGAUUUCGAGAGAACUCUACUUGGUCGAGAGGGAGUGCUUUUGGAUCCCAUAGGACAUCAACUCUGGAAGAUUCUGCAUAUUAUUAUUGGUUUUGAGGGGAAGUCUGGAAAGGAAAGUCCAAAGGGGACAAUGUCAGUUAGCGGUGGGCUUGAGUCGUUACAACUUUCCUUUCUCAUGAAAAGGGAAGGUUGGAGGACCUCCUAGAAUCUCGAUGACGAAUCUACUUUCCUUUCUCAUGAAAAGGAAAUGUUGGAGGACCUCCUAGAAUCUCGAUGACGAAUCUAUGAGAUCCUAAAAGGAAUCUCGAAAGGAAAAUUUUAGACUCGUAGCAAUUUAAAUCUGGCACUAAAAAAAAUCAAUCGAAAUUAAAUGACGGUUUAAAUUAUUUAACGAGACUUUGUAAUUUAUAAUAA